CGUCGUAUUCACGAUCAUUGCUUCGCUCGGUCCGCGCGUGUGAAGAGUCGAGUCCUCGCGGAGAGAGACGGAGCCUCGGUGUUUCCUGAGCGGUGACAGCGGCCGCAGGGCGUGGUAGGCGGCUGCUCACUCGGGACCUGUGGGCGAGCUGCUGGCUGCUUUCAGCUCUGAAACCUCGGCAGGUCAACGGUCCGAGCGUCUGACAGGUGACACCGAGAGGGUUACCUCCCCAGUUACUUAGUUAGUUAGUGAGUCAGUUAGUUAGUUAAUCAGUUAGUUAGUAAGUUAGAGAACCAGUUAAACUCCCGCUGCAGGCGAGACUCCACCCGGGGACGGACCUCCCCCAGCGGGUCACCUCGGAGCCGGGGAGGGGCUCUGGAGGAGCACGGUGACCUUCCAGCAGCUGGACACCGAACGGACCAGAACUGACCCCUGACAUGUCGGUGCCCAGCCGGGACCAGCGCCCGUGAGCGGACACCUUGUGGACCUCAUGCCCGUCGGGAUGGCUCGUCGCUCGGCGGUGAGCCUGAUGGGACUCGGGGCUCGGACCGUCGGACAGCUGCUGUCCGGAGGCUCCGCUCGGCUCCUCCGCACCUCAGCCGCCCACCCUUCACCCUCACCCGGGUUCAAGCCGGAGAAAGUGGCGGUGGUGACGAAGACCACCCGGUACGAGUUCGAGCAGCAGCGGUACCAGUACGCGGGUCUGUCCGAGGAGGACCUGACACAGCUGCUGGCGAUGAAGGGCUCCAGCUACACUGGCCUGCAGGAGAGACACAACAUCCACACCAACAACGUGGAGCACAUUGUGAAGAGCCUCCGGAAGGAGGGAAUGGACGUGCGAGUGGUGAAGAGAGGAGAGUACGAUGAGGAGGUCGUUCGAUGGGCCGACGCCAUCAUCUCAGCUGGAGGUGAUGGGACAAUGCUACUGGUGGCCAGUAAGGUUCUGAGCAAGGACAAACCAGUGGUGGGAGUCAACACUGACCCUGAGAGGUCAGAAGGUCACCUGUGUCUGCCUGUCCGAUUCACUCGGGCCUUCCCAGAGGCUCUGGAGAAACUCUGUCGUGGUGAGUUCAGGUGGCUCUGGCGUCAGAGGAUCCGUGUGCACCUGGAAGGAACCGGAAUCAAUCCCACGCCGCUGGACCUGCACGAGCAGCAGCUGAGCCUGGAGCAGCACAGCCGGGCCCACCGCACCGCCAUGGAGGGACAGCACAUUUUCUCAGAGACAGGAUCCCUGCACCAGAGCUCCUCCAAGCCCAGUCUGCUCCCCAUCAGAAGCCUGAACGAGAUCUUCAUUGGAGAGUCUCUGUCCUCCAGGUCGAAGUUAAAACCCGUCAAACACCGUGUUAACCUCUUGCUCCAUAGGGCUUCCUACUAUGAGAUCUCUGUGGACGACGGCCCGUGGGAGAAGCAGAAGAGCUCAGGCCUCAGCAUCUGCACAGGAACCGGAUCCAAAGCCUGGUCGUACAACAUCAACAAACUGACUGAACAGGCUGUGGAGGAGCUUCUAACGAUCGGAAAGUCUCUCUCAGGUCUCGAUAUCCCACUUAAUCGAGAAUUCUUGGAAAAGGUCACUGACGGAUACAACGAGUCGCUGGUGUUCGGGCCGGACGACAGGCGCUUGUUCUACAGCAUCAGGGAGCCCAUCGUCAACCGGGUGUUCUCCAGCAGCCGCCAGAGAGGCUUCGCUCACAAGGUGUGCGUCCGCUCCCGCUGCUGGGACGCCUGCAUGGUCGUGGACGGAGGGACAUCGUUCGAGUUCAAUGACGGCGCCAUCGCUACAAUCAGCAUGAGCGAGGAGGACCAGCUCCGGACCGUGGUUCUGGAAAACUGAGCCGUGUUAGAACAGGUGCCGCCUGGCCACCAGGUCAAAGGUCAAAGGGUAGAACCGGGUUUUAGCUUUUAGCUCCACACGUGUUUCUAUUUUUAUACCUGACGAGGUAUCAAUGUUUCUAAUGUGCGAUUUUGGCUUUUUCUCCAAAUCAGAUAAAUUGAAGUCGUUUUUUUCCCCUUAAGAUUUAAUAAAAUCAACCAGUCAGGAUGCAAUCGAUGAUUCAUCGUGCAGAGACGAGCGGCUUCUUCACAAAUGACUAAACUAAGAUCUGUCCAGAGACUCGGAGGAGAUGAAAGUGGACGAGCAGCGAGACGUGAAGACGCUGAUCAGAGACCAGCCAGCCUCUCCUCCUGAAACAGAUCUUUAGAAAGAAGUCGCAAACACUGAACUGGACUUUUUGAUUAAUGUGGAUUUUUUGAUGCCGAUUAUUUUAUCUGAUCUGAUUUUUUUUUUUUUUCUUCAAACCAAAUACAACCAGACACGUAGAUCCAGAACUCAGAAAAAAUAAAAUGCAAAUGUAAAAUAUGAUAUUGAAGUCUGUGGUAGAAUCAUCGGAUAAAUGACGUAGAGAAUAAUUUCCUUUAUAGAUCCCAUAUUUUCCAAUAUCAGUAUUUUGACGAGUUGGAAAUGGUGAAUUUCUUUGGGACCAUUUCCUGCAGCGGAUGAAUCCACAUCACUUAGUUUUUACCAGAGAAGAAAGAUCAGAUGAAUUAUGUGAAGUGAGAAGCUCAGUGGUUGAUUGUUAAGUUUGUUAUUGACCCAAGAUAUUUUUGGAAUAAAGAGUUUAUAGGAUUUAUAUUUUUUAGCUGUGGGUGCUGAAAAGAAAAAGCAUUAAAUGCACUAAAAACUGAGAUUUGGGCUUUUUCUACAUUUUUAGGUCAAAAGUUUGUCUUGAAAACUUCAAACUAGAAAAAAGAUUUUGGGAAUGUUAUUGAAACGGCUCCGUGUUCCUGGAGCCAUCGAAUAUGACCAGAGCACAAACACGGCUGAACGUGAAGACACUAAAUAGUUUGAGUUGUGUGUUGAGCCGGUUUGGGGAGUUGGGUCUAAACCUGUCAUGUCACUGAUGCAUCUUGUGACACGUGAGGUCGACGCCUGUGUCUUGAACAAAAUGAUCAUUAAAUUGUUAAAUGCA